AUGACACGGUUCCUUCAACUCACCGCGUUGGUCGCACUCGCUUCCACUGCCUGGGCCCAAUGUGGUUCGGGUACGCCUGAAGCGACGGUGGACGGGGAGGACGGGUCCUUCACUGCCACUAAAGGCUCAGAGGAAGUGUACUCGGGCUCUAGCUACAUUGAGGCGAUCCAAGCUGCGGUUGACUCUCUUGCUGAAGGCGAGCGUGUCUCCGUCAUUGCAUCAGGCUCUCUCGGCACCGGCACUGUCAGUCUUGGCAGUGGUAUCAUCUUCGAAGGCUGCGGUACUAUUGAUACCGCAUUUAAUGAGAAAGGGCGUGGUGCGAUCGAGUCUACCGGUACGACGGGCGUUCAGAUUCCAUACCUCACCAUGACUGGCGACCCCUACUUCGGUCUACUGUUCUACGGCGUUACGGACCUUUCUUUGGGUGAAAUUACGAUGAAUCUCAGCGGUGGCUUGGGUAUUCGCUUCCACCGUGACGAGGACGCCAACUCCAACGUGAGCAUGGAUACGAUCAACGUGACUGGAGCUGGCAGCCACGCUGUGGAGAUUUGGAAUAUCGACGGCCUUACAAUCGGCUCGGUCAUCGCCAAGGACGUCGGCGAGUGUGGUCUCCUGAUCCAGAAUUCUGUCAACGUCGAAGUUGGCACCGUUGACGGUGAUAAUGUUGCGGAAGGAACUGGGUAUGCGACCCUCCGUUUUGCCAACACCAAUGGCCGACAGGCAGAUGGUAGCUAUGAGACCAACGUUCACAUUGAGAAUGUCAAGUCUCGUGGCGGCGGUCGCGGAAUCUUCUGUGUCUCGGAAUCUGGUGGCGCUGUCAUUGAUAACAUCGACCUUGAGGACAACGGCAACAAUGCCAUUCUCAUCGAAAACUGUUACAACGUCGAGAUCAGCGGUGGUACCGUGCAGGGAGGUGGGGAGGUUCGCCUCAGCGCUCGUGAUGAGUUCGAAAUCACUCGUGACAUUUCGGUCACUCUGGAGGUUAACGACAACACUGUUACGGAGAACCCUUGCGGCGAAAACAUCACUUGGGACAUUUCAGGAAAUGCUGAGCUCAAUGUAUGUUAA